AUGAUCCGUCAAAUCGCUCUCAUUGUUUUGUUGUUCACUCAAUUUUUGCUCGUUCCUGCAUUCAAAUAUGAGGAUAUUCCGGCAGACUAUAGAGACCUCAUGCCACCGGAAGCAAGAGACUUUCUGCAGAACCUUUCUGAUGGCGACAAGACUGUUCUGAAGGAAGUCUUCAAGGCUGGGCCGUACAAAGACACUGAAGAGUCUAUUGCUGCGCUUAAAAAGAAGUCACCGGAACUUGGAGCGAAAGUCGAGAAGCUUCACGCUAUGGUAAAAAGCAAAAUUGCAGCACUUGGACCUGAGGCGAAAGGUUUCGCAGAAAAGUCUAUCGAAAUUGCACGUGGCAUUAAAGCGCGCUACUACACUGGCAAUGAGCCAACCAAGGAUGAUCUGAAGGCAAGCGUCAAGGAGGUUUUGAAGUUGUACAAAGCUAUGUCCGAUGCUGGAAAGGCCGAUUUCGGGAAGCAGUUUCCAUUUCUCGCCAAAGUUUUCGAAAGCGGCAAGGCGGCAAAAUUCGCUGGUGAAAACUAG